AUGAUCCCACUUAUUGCUUCUGUUGUUCUUGUCUACCUUGCUACAGUUCGCUACCUUAGGUACCGGCGUCUGCAUGCUGUGCAAGCCAGGAUCCGUGCCAGCGGUAAGGAACCUAGUCCUUCUGAAGCUCAGUCUGCUUUACAGGGAGCAUUGUUGUAUGACAUGCCCUUCUUUACGCGCCUCGGGGCUCAAGUUGCACUCCUCAAGACAUAUGGGAUCCCUUCCAUCUCCGCUCUGCUAUUGAAAACUGGGGAGUUUUCCACAGAACGAAAACUCACGAAGAGGGUUACUGAUACGGCUUUGCUCAUCUCCACCUUCAUCUCUUGUCCCUUGGAGUAUUCGCCAACGACAACGAAAUCAACACCAUGUCUUGGGCCGAGAAGCAAUAUUGCGCUUGCCCGAGUGAAUUGGCUGCAUAGACGCUACAACAUCUCAAAUGAUGAUAUGUUGCAUACUCUGGCUCUCUUUAUUUUGGAGCCCAUGCGUCUAGUAGCACGCUUCGAUUGGCGUCCGUACAGCCCGGAAGAAGCAAACUGUAACUUCCUCAUGUGGAAGGAUAUUGGUCAACGCAUGGACAUCAAAGGGAUCCCUGAGAGUCUCGGUGAAUUAGAAGAAUGGAGCAGACAAUAUGAAAGUACCCAUAUGGUCCCGUCGGAGAGCAGUCAUCAGCUGGCCAACAUGGCACUGGACUAUAUGAGCACCCGAGUGCCAAAUAUACCUGGUGCACGAUCGUUGGUCAAAGACGUGUUUCUGUGCCUGUUGGAUGAUGAACUUCGAAAUGCCAUGAUGCUCCCUGCACCGUCGAAAUAUGCACAGACCUUCGUCAAGACAGCUCUGGCGGUUCGAGCCUUUAUCGUCAGAAACUUCAUGCUUCCUCGAUUCAAACCUCAGGGAUACAUUGUCGUCGAGAACCCUCCAUAUAGCAUAGACUCUGAUGGUCUCAUGCGUCUUCAUACGAUUGUCCGAAGGCACUAUCCAUGGUAUUAUCCUGUCCCAACAGGCUGGCGGCAUGCUUUUGAUUGGUUAUUUGGCCUCACGAAGGGGAAUCUCUAUCCCGGAGCGGUGUUUAAGUCGGAGGGAUAUCGCCUGGAGGAACUGGGACCAAUUAGGUUUGAGCAACAUGGUCACGAAGAAGUGAUGAAGGAAGCCCAAGAACUGUAUGGAGCGCCAAUCGAAAAGCCUUGGGCCCGUUGA